AGAGAAAACUGAAAAACACUCGCGUUGGAAUUUCAAUUCAAAUUCCCACAAAACCCCUCCUCUUCUCCCCUUUUAUCUCUCCGCUCCUUUCCCCUUCUCUUCUUAUCAUUCUCUCUCUUCUCUCUCUCAAUUUCGCAUUUCUCUCCUCAAACCGCAUAUCUUUCUCUCUCUAUUUUCUCUCUCUUCCUUCAAACCCUAACCCUAGCCUCCAGAUAUGAAGGGAGGAAAAGCUAAGGCUGAUACCAGGAGAGGCGGUGAUGCUAAGCUUUCUGUGAAGAAAGGAGCCGCGGCUAAGAAGGGGAAGCCAGCAAAGGACCCUAACAAGCCAAAGAGGCCCCCAAGUGCCUUCUUUGUUUUCAUGGAGGAGUUUAGAGUGACAUACAAGCAGAAGCACCCCAACAACAAAUCUGUUGCUGCUGUUGGGAAAGCUGGUGGUGAGAAGUGGAAAUCAUUGACUGAAGCUGAAAAGGCUCCCUACAUCCAGAAAGCAGAGAAGAGGAAGGCUGAUUAUGAAAAGAGCAUGAACACCUACAACAAGAAAUUGGCUGAAGGUAAAGAUGCCGAGGAAGAAGAGGAGUCAGACAAGUCUAGGUCUGAGGUGAAUGAUGAGGAUGACGAAGAAGGCAGUGGCGAGGAGGAGGAAGAUGAUGAUUAAGUGUUCCAGAGUGGGAUGAUGAAGGUGUUUUGUGGUUUUGGAGCGCCUCAUCUUGAUUGGAAGUAUAAACUGUUAGUAGUUUAAUAUAAGGUAUCAAGAAAAAAAAUCAUCACUCUGUAUUUUAAGUCUUAACUUUGACUUGAUUUAGCUUUUGGCAUCUUUGCCCUGUAGAGCAAGUAGUGAUUUACUUUCGUUCUUAGUUUAAACAUGAUUAAGAUCGCGUUGGGUUAGCUGAAUGAAUGGUAAUCUUAAAUACAGUAGUUGUUUUUCUGUGCCCAAUUCUCUCCAGUAAAUUGAAUGUCAUCUAUCCUUUUCAUUA